AUGUACAACUACCUCAUGGACCGUUUGCGAGACAACCUCCAUGUUUGCCUUUGCUUCUCGCCGGUGAACGCAAAGUUCCCGAUCAGAGCCCAGAAGUUCCCUGCGGUCUUCACCGUGAACAUCAACUGGUUCAUGCCGUGGCCAGAGGCUGCUCUGGUUGCUGUGAGCAGUGCCUUCCUGAGCACCUACAAGUUGGACUGCUCCGAGUCUGACAAAGGACGUCUCUUUGCCCUGACCGGCUCCUUCCAGGCCCUGACGCGAGACCUGUGCGACGUUUACUACUCGCGCAUGCGAAAAAAUGUCUACGUCACCCCAAAGAGCUUCCUGUGCCUCAUCGACUUCUACAAGGUACUUUAC